AUGAGGUUCAAGAUCUCCCAUUUAAAUGAACAACAUCAUAUCCUUUUCUAUCAAAAGCUAACUACUUGCUUAGGAUGGAUUACAGCAGAUGAGCUAUACUCGUGCGGUGAUGAUCACCAAAUGCUCAAAUGGAGCUUACUAUCGGAAGACACAAAACAGGUCGCUAAGUUGCCCGCUGAAAUCUAUGCUACUGAUAUGCACUGGUUUCCAAAACUAAUCAGCGGCAAGAAGCAAUCGCAACCUGAAAUUUUAGCCUUAGGAUCAACUGAUGGUAAACUUCAUCUAAUAUCCAAAAAUGGCCGAGUUGAAAAAUCCGUCGACGCUCAUAAAGGUGCUGUCCUAGCCACAAGAUGGAGCUAUGAUGGCAGUGCUCUAGUAACAGCGGGUGAAGAUGGCCACGUUAAAAUUUGGUCAAGAAGCGGAAUGCUACGUUCAACUCUGAACCAAGCAGCUUCUCCAGUCUAUUCUACCGUUUGGAGUCCGGACUCGGAUCAGGUUCUUCAUACUUUUGGGAAAGAGUUGAUUAUUAAACCUUUGCAGCCCACAUCGAAACCUAUACAGUGGAAAGCCCACGAUGGAGUUAUUUUAAAAGCCGACUGGAAUCCAAUCAACAAUCUUAUCAUUUCCGGAGGUGAAGACUGUAAAUAUAAGGUUUGGGAUUCAUAUGGCCGACUAUUAUAUGCAAGUCAAGCCCAUGAAUUCCCAGUUACUUCACUAUCAUGGUCUCCUGAUGGUGAACUGUUUGCAGUCGGAUUAUUUAACACGUUGCGACUAUGUGAUAGAAGAGGGUGGUCGUACAGUAUGGAUAAACUUAACACAGGAUCGAUAUUUAGUAUCGCUUGGUCGAGCGAUGGUACUCAACUUGCUGGCGCAUGCGGAAAUGGUCAAGUUAUAUUUGCCAAUGUAGUAGAACGACGCCUAGAAUGGAAGAAUUUUGAAAUAACUAUCACCGAUUCCAAAACUAUCAAUGUUAAUGAUGUCAGUAAUGAUUCAAAAGAAAUACUAGAUUUUCGAGACAGAAUUAUUAAGACUAGCCUUUCGCAUGAUCAUUUACUUGUUACAACCACAACGCAAUGCUACAUCUAUAGCUGUAAGAAUUGGAAUACGCCCAUAAUUAUCGACUUAAAAGACAGCACAGUUAGCUUGAUCCUGCAAUCAGAAAAAUAUUUCCUAUUUGUGGACAAUAUUAAUGGUAUCCAGAUUUAUUCCUACGAGGGAAGAUUAGUUUCAUCACCAAAACUGAUUGGAGUGCGUACAGAUCUACUAAAUAAGCAUACUGUGUCAUUAAGCAAUGAUACAUUAGCGGUUAGAGAUGUCAAAGAUGAGCGGCUAAUUUAUUUAUUCGAGACCGCCAGUGGGAAAGCUGUAGGCUCUGGCAAACCGAUACAACAUCAGUUGGAAAUAAUUGAGACCUGUCUUGACCAAUGUGGUCCUGCUAUGGAACGCCAACUCGCUAUCAUAGAUAAAAAUAGAGAUGUUUAUUUAGCCAAGGUUCGACGAUCAGAAGCGGCAUUCAUCAAACUAGGUACUAUGGUAUCCUCAUUGGCAUGGAAUGAUGCUUGUAAUAUGUUAGCGGCAAUUCAAGAUAAUCACUUUACCAUUUGGUAUUAUCCAAGUGUUGUCUACGCUGAUCGCGAUAUUCUUCAUUUAACACAGUACGAAAAAAACGCCAGCGAAUUCGGUAAGAGUCCACAAAUUUUAAGUUUCGCUGAUAAUUACUGCGUAAUGAGAAGAGCCGAUGGAGCAGUUGUCACUACGUGCACAUCUCCUUAUCCGGCAGUGCUGCAUGAAUAUGCUAACAAAAACAGAUGGGCAGAUGCUGUUAAGUUAUGCCGAUUUAUCAAGGAUCCGGCGAUGUGGGCAUGUCUAGCUGCCAUGUCCGCCUAUGCUAAAGAUUUAAGCACAGCUGAAAUCGCCUAUGCUGCAAUUGAUGAGGUGGAUAAAGUACAAUAUAUUACAUAUAUCAAAGAUAUUCCAUCGCGUGAAGGCCGCAAUGCUGCCAUGGCAUUAUUCUGCAGACAAUCGGCUGAAGCUGAAAGUAUCUUAUUGCAAGCUGGAUUAAUAUAUCGCGCUAUUGAAAUGCAUAUUAAUAACCAUAAUUGGGAAAGGGCCCUAGAUCUGGCAAUCAAGAAUAAAACGCAUGUCGAUACGGUAUUGGCAUUUCGUCAAAAGUAUCUGUCCAAACUUAAGCGGCAGGAAACUGAUAAAAAAUUUGCAAAAUAUGCUCAAGAAGUCACCAUCGACUGGGAGAAAAUUAAUGCUAAAAUUGAAAAUGAACUACAGAAAGAAAAGGAAAGACCUACCACUACAAAACGAAAAUAA